AUGUUCUCCUUGAGCUCUGCAGCCCUCCCCCAGCCCACUCCUCAUCUGCAGACACCGGCCAAACCUUGUACCGACUCCCAGCAUCCAUUAAAUGGGUACAAGGGGCAGGGGGCUGUGCAGCUGGGCACAGGCUGGGGGUCAUCCUGCUUAAGAAGCUCAUCCCUCUGCCACUUACCACCCUGUGAGGGGAACUUACCUUGCACUUCUCAGGAGGACUGUGACGAGGGCGCUGAUAUCUGCUUUUCCAACCCGUGCCCAGUGAACUCAUCCUGCGUUAUCACGGCGCAGAGCUACACCUGCCAGUGCCCCAGAGGAUAUGGGGGUCAGCACUGUGAGAUCCCCCUAGAGCUGUGUGCCAGGAACCCUUGCAGACAAGGAGGGCAGUGCUACAUGGGUGAUGAGGGGCCAAUAUGUGUGUGCUCCAGUGGGUACCGGGGGACCCUGUGUGAUGCACCAGAAGAUGAGUGUUUGUUUAACCCCUGCUUAAACGGGGCUGUGUGCAGGGACCGGGGGAAGGGUCCUGCUUGCUACUGUGUCCCCGGAUUCCAGGGCUCACUUUGUGACAUUGAGGUGGAUGAAUGCGCGUCCCAGCCCUGCAUGCAUGGGGCCACAUGCCUGAACCUAAUAGGGAGAUACACCUGUGUGUGCCCUGCACAAUAUACAGGUGUUCACUGUGAAGACAAUAAUGAAUGUGAAUCGUCGCCUUGCCAAAAUGGCGGAAUCUGUGAGAAUAUUGUUGCCGGUUACCACUGUCACUGCUUGUCUCUGCCGGACAGUGCUGGACACUAUUACGGAGGUAGAGACUGUGAAAAGCUGCUUGUUGGUUGCAGAGGACAAAGGUGCCUAAAUGGUGGCUCAUGUGUUCCUGCUUUAGUGGAGGGAGAACACACCCACAGUUGCCUUUGCCCUGCAGGGUUUACUGAUCCGACCUGUAGGACCCAGACCACGUUCUCUUUUAAUGGUAAAACCAUCCUUUCCCUCUGGAACGGGACGUUCCGGGCUCUCACCAACAUCUCUCUGCGCUUCCAGACUGUACAGACCUCAGCUGUCAUACUUUAUCUGAGAGGCCCUGAGAGGUCUCUCACAGUUUACCUGCAGAACGGUUACUUGUUCUUAUCGUCCUCUAUCAACAAACAAGUGACAGUCCACAUUCAUUUGUCACUGAAUGUUAGUGAUGACCACUGGCAUACCUUGCAAAUAACUGUAUCAAAUCAUUUAACCCUUAGAUUACUGGAUAACACUUGUGCACCAAAUUGUGGAAACAGUUCCGUACAAGAUCUAAGUGCUAAUACAAAGGAUCAUUCCUUUGAGGACCUGUUAUUGGGAGGUGAGCCACCGCCAAUCAUCGAGGAAGAGAAUGGAUCUAAGAAUGCUGAGCAGAAGCUGCCUGGGUUCAUUGGCUGUAUGCAGGACAUCACAGUAGAUUCUACUCUUCUCAGUGAACGUUAUGAAAUGAUUGGUAACGUUCAGGUUGGGUGCAAGAGAACAGAUCAUUGUAUAGAUCAGCCCUGUAACAACAGAGGACGAUGCAUUAACCUGUGGCUCAGCUACCAGUGUGACUGCUACAGGCCAUACAGAGGCACCAACUGCUCCUCAGUGUAUGAAGCUGCCGGUUUUGGUUUUGGGGACAUGACAUCAUACGCAGUUUUCCAGAUAGACACAGGUGAAAGUUAUGGGAUCACAAUAUCUACAUUUGUGAGAACAUGGCAAGAGUCUGGGCUGCUGCUAGCCUUAGGAACCAUCACACUCUCACUAGAAGAUGGGAAAUUAACCCUGAGGGCUGUCAGUGACCUCACACUGAGAGGACAAGCUGUCAUCAGCGAUGGCCAGUCUCAUCUGGUCACUUUAAAUGUUUCACCACUGAUACUGGAGCUUUUUGUAUCAUCACAAUUACAGGGGCAAUUGCCUGUUCAUGUACAGAGACUCCAAGCCACAAAUAUGCUGUAUGUGGGGGGUCUGGGGGACCCCAAACUCACGGCACAAAGAGGAGGUUACCUCAAGGGCUGUGUUCAAGAUCUGAGGGUUGAUGGAUGGCACCUGGAGUUCUUUCCUCAAUCUGAGUUAGUUCCUGGAAAUCGAAUUCUCAACAACGUGACAAAGGGAUGCUCGAUCGACAAGUUCUGCCAGCCUGGCUUGUGUCUAAAUGGAGGAGUUUGCCAUUCUUCUGUUGAUGAUUUUGCCUGUACUUGCCCUACAAAUACCACAGGCAAGGUGUGUGAAAAUAUCAACUGGUGCCUGCUCAGCCCCUGUCCUCCUGGAUCCAUUUGUCAACCUGUUGCCAGUGGGUAUGAAUGUGUGACUAGCGCUGUUUUCAGGGGCUCAGUUGAUCACAUCACCUAUAGGAGCAAUGAGAAGAUUGUGAGGGACCUCACCAACCUGACCUUGGGAUUCCGUACUCAUGCGACAGAUUCAGUGCUGCUGCAUGCGGAGAGAGAUCCAGAAUCCCUCACUGUGUCAAUACAUGAAUCCCGGCUUCUCUUUCAGCUACAGAGUGGCAAUAGUUUCUAUUCAGUCAGCUUGUCAGGCCUAGAGCCUGUGAAUGAUGGUCAAUGGCACAAUGUAACCUUAUCAAUGACAGUGCCUGAAUCCGAGUCCUCCCUGUGGCAGAUGGAAGUGGACAGCCAUGUGGAUAAAAUAUUUAGUUCAGUUGCUACUGGAAAUCUAAACUUCCUUAAGGAAGACGUUGAGAUUUUUUUGGGUGCUCAUAGUAAUGGCACAAAUACUUCCUUUACUGGUUGCCUGGACACAAUAUUGAUUGGGGGGAUUCAUUUGCCUUAUUUUACAGAUGCAGAUUUCCCAGUAGUAAAACCACAAGAAGAACAGUUUGUUAAAAUGUCACCAAGUAGUGUUGACAUUGGCUGCUUGCACGUGGACCCCUGCCCCUCAAACCCCUGCACUAAUGGUGGCACUUGUCACGAUGCUUUAACUCAUCCUCUCUGCACGUGUCCUUCAGGAUGGACAGGAAUUUUCUGUGAGACAGACAUUAAUUACUGUCUCCCCAACCCAUGUCUACAUGGCAACUGUACCAAUGGGGUAACUGGAUACAAGUGUGAAUGCCAGGCUGGUUACACAGGUGCCAACUGUAACAUCAGCAACUGUAAGGACCAGCAGUGUGCCACUGGGGCCACCUGUAUUGAAGACACCAAUGGAUACACCUGUCUGUGCCCAAAUAACUUUACUGGACGGUUAUGCAGUUUGUCCUCAUCUUCUGAAGCAUCAGCCCUCGGUUUGGUAAGAAUAAUCAACCGGGUACAAUCCACAUUGUGCAAGAAUGAGAAGGAAAACAUCACCUGCUAUAACUUCAGCAACUGUACUGAAGAGGGAGAGCAGCUAAAGUGCAUCUGUCAGCCAGGAUUUGUGGGAAAACGGUGUGAGAUUGACUUUGACGAGUGCGUUUCAGAUCCCUGUCUAAAUGGCGGCAUCUGUCAGAACCUGCCUGACCGCUUCCACUGUAUUUGUGAUGUGAACUUCGCAGGGGAGCGCUGUGAAAUUGACCUGUCUGAGUUCCAGCCCCCCGGUGUAUUCACAGCUGUAGCAUCUGUCGUGCUGGCUCUUUUCUUUGUUGUCUGUGCUGGUCUAUGCAUCUUCAUUGCCGUGGCCGGCCUAAGGUCCAACCAAGGAACCUAUAGCCCAAGCCGUCAGGAGAAAGAAGGUUCUCGCGUGGAAAUGUGGAACAUUGUCCAACCACCUCCUUUAGAGAGACUGAUCUGA